AUGGACUCCAGUCGCUUGCCGUUCACUUUGGAGUCCGUGUGGGCCCAACGCAGCAGCGGACUGCUGGCGGCCGCAGAACACGAGAUACGUCUGGCCGAACGACUCCAGCGGCAGCAGCAGCAGGAGCAGGCCUGUGCUACCAUGGCGCCCAGUCACCACGGCAACGAGUGGCGACUCUCCAAGCACGACACGUCCCACGCGGGCUGCUGGAUGCGCUACACGUCUUUCGUGCUGGGCGUAGCCGCGGUAGCUUCGUCGACGCUGUUCACCGCACCCGUCGUCUUCAUGGCACGCAUCAAUUCCUGCCAUCACGGCUGCUUGUCCCUCGAACAUGACCUUAAGGCAUCUCUGAACCACAACAUUCAUCCGUGUGACGACUUUUACAGCCACGUCUGCAGUGGCUUGGACAGCAAACAGGGUCAUCCUUCGCUGAACAAGUACAGCAUAGCCUUCAGCCGAAGCGUCCUCAAGACCAUGCUCCUGGGGAAGAUUCCCACGCUGUCCAAGAACGUGAGAGCGAAAGCAGCCCGCUUCAUGCUCCGCUGUCUCAGCAAGGUUCAAUAUCGUGGCAUCUUGAGCCUCAAGGCAUUCCUCCAAGAGCUGGGACUCCCGUGGCCGCACCAGUCCCCCGCAACACGACCGCAGCUUCUCGACGUCAUCGUGCGGGCGUCGUUGCACUUCGGCAUUCCCCUCUUCUGGGCCUUCUACAUCGGCCGCCACCCGCUGCGACCGCUGCAGAACACCAUAUACAUGACGCUCGAUCCCAACUUCAUGGAAUGGGCUCGAUGCACAGGCGGCCUCUACGACCUCACCACGCGUCUCUGUGGUUCGCGCGUCACGCCGCAGUUCUACAACCUGACCGACUCCGACCUCCGGAGGGCGCUCAACGGAUACCUCCCGGACGACUCGCAGUUUUGGCCCGAGGACGAAAUAGUCAACCUUCAGCCCGACUUCUUCUUGAACCUAGACUCCACGUACCUAAGCCUAAGCUCGAACCAGGAAAGUUUCAAGCUGUUCCUGGGUGCGUACGCCGUCUGGCUGCUGUCACCGAUCGCUUCCGGCUACCUGAGGUCAAGUCUCCUGGCCGACUUGGGGCAAGAGAACGAUGAAGCCAGCUACCAUUCCGUCAAGUGCUUCGAUACUCUCGAGGCGAUUAUGCCGCUCGUCAGGUUCCACCUCCACCUGGAGGCCAACGAAAACGUCGAGCGCAUGAGACUCGUUGCCCAGCUAUCCGUCGAUGCCUUCGGCACGUGUCUCGGAAGCUACGGAAAGUCUUUGCGGAAUCACGCGUACGCGGUAUUAGCGCAACUUGCUCUCAACGCGUUCAACAUGACGACCACCUGGCGACAGCUGAACAGAGUGUACGCCUACCUUCCUAGCGACCGCAACGUGUCCUCCUUUUUCGAGCUGUACCGCAGAGCCGCCCUGGCCACCGCGUCGUUCUUCGCGCUUUCCCUGCGCCGACCAAACCACAGCAUCUUCCACGUACCGGGGAUCAGCCAAGUCCUGCAGUAUCGUCUCUUGGUGAGCCGCGAACUGUCGAUCCAAUACUUUCUCACGGUCGCGCCGCUCUACGGCACCUGGGAACCGACGACAGUUAUUGCGGCGCUUUUCGGAACGCUGGUGUCUGUGCAGCUCGCCAGCUACAUGCGGUUUGUCAUACUCUACAACCACCGUUUUCAGCCCUACCAAAGGGGGGAGCUUGGGCAAGACGCGAGAAGGUUGGCUGGAUGACCGUGGGUCGUCUCGUGCUGAUCGUUCGAAACGUUUUGCCGAACGCCAGCGACCAUGAAAUUCGCGAGGUGUACGACUGGAGCUUCGCUGCGCACGUUGCCAGCUACAUGCUCCGAAGGCCCAAGUGGCUGCAAACAUCGGCGGGUGGAUGACAGGACACUUCCUUCGAAAAGGACCGCCUUUUUUUCUACCUCGUGUGCUACGCACAGUGCGGCACCGAGAACCGCGAACGUCUGCGA